UGCUGCUAGUACUGCUGCUGGUACUGCUGCUAGCACUGCUGGUACUGCUGCUGGUACCGCUUCUACUGCUGCUACUGCUGCUGGUACUGCUGCUGGUACUGCUGCUGGUGCUGCCGGUGCGGAGGCUGGGGAGCUUUGACGCCGUGGGAGUGGUGUGGGGGGGGGGCAUGGAGCAGCCCACGAGCUCGUCCGCCUGUCUGCACGGCCCGAGCAAGAUCCUCUGCUGCGCCCUCAUGCUCAGCGCUCGCAAGCUCGUCCUCUUCCAAGUGUGGGCGAGCGUCGUGGUGAUGCCAGGAUGGGGAGGGAUGACGUGGAGAGUGGCAGAGAGCCAGAUCGCUCCGACGAGGGAGGAAACGGCACGCUGCGGGGUUUGGACGGACAGCAAGUGGGGGGGGACCUUCACCUCCCCCAAGUACCCGGACCCUUACCCGCCUAACCAGGACUGCAUCUACAUCCUGGAAGCGCCGGCGCGGCAACGGAUCGAGCUGAGCUUCUCGGCGCCGUACUCGCUGGAGCCGUCGUGGGACUGCAAGUUCGACCACAUCGAGGUGCGCGACGGCCCCUUCGGUUUCUCGCCCCUCAUCGGACGCUUCUGCGGCCACGUCCUUCCCCGGCCCGUCAACUCCACGGGCCGAUUCAUGUGGGUCAAGUUCUUCGCCGACAGCGAGCUGGAGGCGCUGGGCUUCCGCGCGCGGUUCACGUUCAUACCAGAUCCAGACUUUAAGACGCUGGGCAGCCCAAUGCCAGACUGCGAGUUUGAGAUGAGCGGUACGGAGGGCGUGGUUCGUUCGAGCCAGAUUGAGCACGAGAGGAAGGCUCAGGCCAACGAGGCAGUCGACUGCAUCUGGAAGAUCCGAGCACCCCCUCCCGCAAAGAUCUACCUGCGCUUCCUCGACUACCAGAUGGAGCACUCCAACGAGUGCAACCGCAACUUCGUGGCCGUGUACGACGGCAGCAGCGCCAUCGAGAACCUGCGAGCGCAGUUCUGCAGCACGGUGGCCAGCGACCUGAUGCUCCGCUCUGGAGUGGGCGUCGUGCGGCUCUGGGCCGACAACUGCAGCCGUCUCAGCCGGUUCCGCAUGCUCUACACGUCCUUCCUCGACCCGCCCUGCGACCGCAACUCCUUCUUCUGCCACAGCAACAUGUGCAUCAACAGCUCACUGGUGUGCAACGGCGUACAGAACUGCGCCUACCCGUGGGACGAGAACCACUGCAAGGAGCGGAAGAAGCCGAGCUUCUGGCAGCACAUCACCAAGACCAACGGCACCAUGAUCGGCAUGUCCACGGCGCUGGUGCUGGUGCUGCUCGCCCUCUCCGUCUACGUGCAGCUCACGCAGCCGCGCAAGAAGCUCACGGCGAGGCGCGUGUCGUCGAGCGUGCGGGACACGUCGUGCGCCUCCCCGACGGCCGGCGCAGCGUCCCCCUCCAUCGCCGCCACCGCCACCUACGACCCCUUCCCGCUCGGCGACAAGGAGACCUACGUGGACCUGUCGGACCUCCCCGACGACUUCCAGCCGCUGUCGGGCAUGCGCCGCUCCUCUUCGACGGCGCUGUCGCGGUGCGUGCGCGAGCACCACUGCGGAGGGCUGGCGACGUCGACGCUGCCGCACAGGCCGGCCGCGCGGGAGCGCGAGAGGGAGCGGGAGAGGGAGCGAGGGGAGAGGGAGCGGGAGCGGGGAGAGAGGGAGCUGCGCGAGCUGAGGGACCGGGACAGGGAGGGCCGGGGAAACCCGCCGUGCGCUAUGGCGCCACCCGAUCACCCGCUCCUGCCGCCGCCGCUGCCUCACACGCAGCCGCAGCAGCACCACCACCACCACGUCAACAGCCUGCAGAGCUUGCACAGCCUGCAGGGAGUGCCCGGGCAGGGCCUGACAGUGACCGUUCAGCAGAGCGCUGCCAGCCUGCUGGGAACCAGUGCUCACUCGCCACAGCAGACACUGCAGCAGCAGCAGCAACAUCAGCUACAACAGCAGCAUCAUCACCAGCCGCAGCAUCACCCGCAGCAACAUCACCACCAUCUCCACCAGCACCUGCAGACGUCCACGCUCCCACCACCGCUGCCCGCACCCAAGCGGAGCUUCUACACGUUCAAGCCGAGCCCCGGACAUGAGGGAGCGGGCACGAUCGUCGAGAAGGCGGCCGCGGCGGCCGGGGCGGCUACGACAACGACGGCGGCGACGACCCCGGCCAAGGCCGUCACGGAGGCGGCGUGCGAGGGCUGCGUGCCGCAGGAGCGACCGCGCACGCUGCAGAGGUCUGUGUCCGUGGAGGUGUGACCCCCCGGGUCCGGCGCGGAAGCAGACAGAGACCCCCGUGUUCCCUGCCGUCAUCCACAAGUCCACGGAAAACUCUUUUUUUUGUUUGCACGUUUCAGGAAUGGGGAUGAAAUGGGAUUUGCCGGCGGGCCCGCUGGGACAACGAUGCGCAGCGGCAGUGCCACAGCGCGGGGGAUGUAUACGCCGUUUAAAACGUUCCUCCACGGGACCCUGCAAUGUAAUUCCGAAUUUCUCUUUCGCUCCGUGACGUUUUGAGAUGACAGCGAGUGAUGCGGUGCCGUUCGAGUGGUGCUCACGGACCGCGCGGUGAGAAGUGACGAACACCCCUGAACGCCGGAGCCUUCUUCCAGGGGUUGGUCUCUUUGUUGUUGUCGGAGCCUUGCACAAGGCCUUAGCAUGGUGUGACUGCGGCUUCGAGGUGUCAUUGUCGAUGCUGGAGCCACUAAAUUAAAACAACAACAACAACAAAUGUGAAACUAAACACACUGUUUUUGUCCUCUCAAUACCUUUCGUAUUUUUUUAUGAGUAACGAGCGUUUUGCUUUUUUUCACAUCCAGUGCACCCACUUCCCAACAUUCUCACACGCACCCUGAAUUAACAGGGCACCGAGUUUCAUUUUCUUUGUGAAAAAGUUUCCCGGCACCAGUGGAUGUCAGCGCGGGCGACCAGACGCCUCUGUCUGUUGCAUCGGCAUUUUGUCCUCUCACCGCCAUGUGAUCGUGAACGAGCGUCAGAGACAACAUAGAGCAAAAGGAAAUUCAGUGUGAGAAUUGUGGUGGGGGGGGGGGGGGGUACGGUGGGAGGGAGGUGCUGGAGGAUGAUGGAUGGCAAUCAAGAGAGUUAUAUGAAAACUGUGAGUUAAUCUAUUCGAGAGACAUUUACACAAACAGGUGAUCUCAAGGAUGAAAACGCAGUGGGAAGUCUAAGCGAGCAGCUGCUGGACAUUUGCUCUCUGUUCCAUUGCGUUUGGACAAGGGGUGUGUGCCAAGACUUCACAGAAACAACUCGACAUGUGGACACUGUUGUGACGUUCGAAUCGCCGAGCCAGCUUGUAUUAUUGGUUCACGCCGUACUGUUACAGGGUAAAGCUGUGGUCAACGAAGCGUCUGUAUUUGUGAAGCUGAGAAUGCGAGGUGAUACAAACAAAAAUGGUUGUAGGUGUGGUUCGGUUUCUCUCUUCCCGUUGAUAUUUCGCUGAACACAUUUUCUCCGUGUAAAAAUCACAUCGAUCUUGUGCACUGAAGAUAUCUAUCUAAAUGAGGUAAAAAGGCACCCACCUGAAUUGUCAGUUGCUCGUGCAGACUCAUUGAUCUAACGCUUAGAACAUGCACUAAUGGACACUUGUUGCAUCAUAACUCCGACACGGAGUUUAAACAACGGUCCCGUGGACUGCUCACGCUGUCCGAGUGUUGCUGAUGACCAUAUUCAGGGGUUUAAAAUUCAGCUCAUGGUGGUCUCAAAUCUGGCCCUCAUUUUCAUCAGGGGGUCAGUUAGUGCGGCGGGUAAUGGAACGUGCAAGCAGCAUUGACCAAACACGUUCAAUCUCACUGCGUCAACCAUUCUGCCAGCGAGUCCCAUUUCAAAUUGGACGGAAUGCGUGCACACAAGUGGCUGGUUGAAA